AUGUCAGAUCAUGGGGUUCUUAGUUCAACUUGGAGAUGUUUUUCCACUCUAGGGCAUUGGAUCGGUAACAUAUUACCAAGAGAUAACAAACAUUCUAGAUUGUCACCUUUUACUAAUUUUGCUGAGUUAAGGAGCCGUGAUCUGGUUGAAGCCAGGGAUAUUCAGUACCUGAUUGAAAUGGGGGAUCAUAUAGAUAUUAGUUCUGAUAGUGACUUUGAGCUGGAUGAGGAUGAUGAUUACGGUGGUGUAUCACUGAUAGAGGGCCCUACUAAUACCCGAAUUCUUCCGCAAUGGGCGACAAACUCAAGUGGUGCCGGUUCAAUCAGUAGGAAUCCAAAUGCUCUGUCAAGUUCUUAUGCUUCUAAUAGUGGGUCAUCAAAUCUAAAUAAACUUCGGAUCAGCAGUUAUGGGGAUGACUCAAGAACUUCAAACCAGAUUGUAGUCUGUCCAGAUUAUAAUUGCAAUGGCAGUGCAGGUCACAUGAGAUCUGCAAACUCUAGGAUUGCUAAUGUUUCUGGUGCAGAGUACGAGAAGCUUUCAUCACAACAAGCUUUGAGGCGAACCCUUCCCACGUCACUAGAUGGAUCUGGGCCAAGUAGCAAAAUGAACAGGUUAACUGAUGGUGCCGGUAGCAGCCAGGCCUAUGGUCCCCAUCGAAAUAUGUACAAUCCCUCAGGAUCAGGUUUUGGCAACAACCUGGAUUACACACGGGACCGUUACAGCCAGGCUAAUGAUGAAGAUGUUAUAAUGUAUGAAAAGAAUGGAACUAGGGCCUUACCUCAGUCAUGGAUGCAUGGGAAGUCCCAUAUGCCUGCACCCUCUGCUAGUCCAAACGAGCAUGCAUACCAUUCUAUGGCAGGUGAUGAAAGGACUGCUGUAUGUGAUGAGAGAUUAAUUUAUCAAGCAGCAUUGCAGGGUCUUAAUCAACCAAAAUUUGAGGCCAAGUUACCUGAAGGUUUAUUGUCUGUGCCUCUUCUGAGACACCAGAGAAUUGCAUUGGCAUGGAUGCUUCAGAGGGAGACAAGAAGUUUACAUUGUUUAGGUGGAAUUUUAGCUGAUGAUCAGGGUCUCGGCAAAACCAUAUCAAUGAUUGCCCUUAUACAAAUGCAGAAGGCUCUGGAGUUGAAAUCUAAGUCCGAAGAUCAGAGUAAUAAAAAGACUGAAGCAUUGAAUUUGGAUGAAGAUGAUGAUAGCAGCAAUCAAGUUUCCGAUAAAGGAAAGCAGACUGUUGAAAGUAGCGGUAUAGGAAAAACAGAAGAAGUUGGUACUUCUUCAAAGACACUUAAUAGACAGAGACCAGCUGCUGGUACGUUGGUUGUCUGCCCAGCUAGUGUUCUCCGCCAGUGGGCGAGGGAGUUGGAUGAAAAAGUUGCAAAUGAGUCAAAACUGACUGUCUUGAUAUAUCAUGGAGGCACUAGAACGAGGGAUCCUGCAGUAUUGGCAAAGUAUGAUGUUGUAAUGACAACAUAUGCAAUAGUAACGAACGAAGUUCCAAAACAACCUUUGGUUAAUGAGGAUGAGCUUGAUGUUAAAACUGCAGAGAGAAGUGGUGUAUCUUCUGAAUUUUCGGUUGAUAAGAAGAGGAAAAAUCAGCUUGGUACUAACAAGAAGAGAAAGAAGAGCAGGAAGGGAGCAGAUAGUUCCCCUUUCGAUUACGAUUGCAGUCCACUUGCCAGGGUGAGUUGGUGUAGGGUGAUUUUAGAUGAAGCCCAAACAAUAAAAAAUCAUCGAACUCAAGUGGCUAGAGCUUGCUGCAGCCUUCGUGCCAAAAGGAGAUGGUGCCUUUCUGGAACACCUAUCCAGAAUGCGAUUGAUGAUUUGUACAGUUAUUUCAGGUUUCUCAGAUAUGAACCCUACUCAGUUUAUAAGUCAUUUUACAGUGCCAUAAAGCUCCCAAUAUCAAGAAAUUCAAUUCAAGGUUACAAGAAACUGCGAGCUGUUUUAGCAGCUGUAAUGCUGAGGCGUACCAAAGGGACAAUGAUAAAUGGGGAGCCUAUCAUCAAAUUGCCUCCAAAAUCAAUCGGUUUGAAUAAGGUGGAGUUCUCACCGGAGGAGCGAGCUUUCUACACCCAGCUAGAAUCUGAUUCACGUUCUAAGUUCAAGGCUUAUGCUGCUGCUGGCACUGUUAGUCAAAACUAUGCAAAUAUUCUUUUGAUGCUUUUACGCCUUCGACAGGCUUGUGACCACCCGCUUCUUGUCAAAGGUUUCAAUUCUGACUCUGUACAGAAAGUUUCAGUAGAUAUGGCAAAGGGACUUCCAAUGGAAAUGGUGCUUGAUCUAUUGGACCGGGUGGCUUCUAAAAUAGCCAUUUGCCGUGUCUGCAGUGAUCCACCUGAAGAUCCUGUUGUUACAAGGUGUGGUCAUGUUUUCUGCUAUGAGUGUGUAUCAAAUUACCUGACCGGGGAUGAUAACACCUGUCCUGGUCUUAACUGCAAAGAGCAGCUUAGUUCUGAUGUUGUCUUCUCGGAAGCUACUCUUAGAAGUUGCAAAUCUGAUAAUAAUGAUGCUGGUUCUUCUCGUUCGAAGCUCAAUCAUCAGAUCACAGAGAAUGAGUAUAGCUCUUCAAAAAUCAAAGACGUCCUUCGCAUUCUUCGGUCACAUACUGGAAUGGAUGAACCAGAUGAUGUGGAUUGCUCAGUUGUGAGCUCGGUUCCCAAGGGACCUAUAAAGACGAUAAUUUUUUCACAAUGGACAGGCAUGUUGGACUUGGUCGAGAUGUCACUCAAUCAGACCCGCUUAAAGUAUAGGAGGCUUGAUGGGACAAUGAGUUUAAAUGUGAGAGACCGGGCUGUUAAAGAUUUCAAUACUGAUCCUGAGGUAACAGUGAUGCUAAUGUCGCUUAAGGCCGGGAAUCUUGGUUUAAAUAUGGUUGCUGCAUCUCACGUUAUCCUUCUGGACCUUUGGUGGAAUCCGAGCACGGAAGAUCAGGCAAUUGACAGAGCUCAUAGAAUUGGUCAGACUCGACCGGUUACUGUGACCCGGCUUACCAUUGAAGACACAGUGGAGGAUAGGAUACUGAAAUUGCAGGAUGAGAAGCGGAAAAUGGUUUCAUCCGCUUUUGGGGAGGACCAAGGUGGGGGAACAGCUACAAAACUUACUGUGGAAGAUCUGAGGUUUCUAUUUAUGGACCGGGAUGCUGUCCGCUGA